AUGGCGAGCACAAACACCGCCAAGGGACGCGUCAUGUGCCGCUUCAACAAGUUCGGCCAGUGCUUCAGAACCUUCGCCGACGAGAAGGAGAUGAAGCGUCACAUGGUCAACGCCGACGAUCACGACUACUGCAGGAAGUGCGACGAGACGUUCAACGACUGGGACGAUUUCGUAGCCCACAAGGCUUCACCGGCCUGCCCGUUGAUCAGCUGCAAGUUCUGUGGCGUGGACUUUAAGACGACCAGCGGACGGGACCGUCACCUUCGUUCGGACCAUCCCGUCGACCAGAAUCUCCACUGCGUCGGCUGCGGCAUGCACUUCACCCGCGCCGCCGCCCUUAUCGACCACCUCGAACGCGGCCGCUGCGAAUAUGUCAAGAAGGAGCAGUUCGCUGCGCAUAUCCAGCACAAGACAAUCAUCAACAAGCUCCUCGAAGCGCCCGAGCUCAUGUCCCCAUUCACCGAACGCAACGACUUGCCUCCCGAUACAGACACCACUGGCGGCGUGAAGCUAGGUCCCACUCUUCUCGACGACGAAGCGGCCAUACCUUCGUCCCAUGCGCCUCUGACGCCAGCUCGUGGUCCCAAUGCUGGCAAAGGCCCGCGUCUCGGGGAGCGCUGGCCUGCUCUGGGCUCCUCAAACAAGUCAGAGGCAGGGGACGCGAGUGUUUCUUCGCUUGGAUCUAAGCUAGGCGGCGUUUCUCUCACGGGCAGACAUGAGACCGAUAUCCGUGACAGCAUUCUCGAGGACACUGCUGCAGACUACCGCCGCAGCAUGAGACCCGCCGCAAACCCCACCCCUAAGGCGAAGCGUGCAGCUCCGGCCAUUGCUGCCUCCGCCGCCUCUCCUGUCCCGACCGGCACCGCGUACUCCGAGACCUGGCGCAAGCGCGCCGGAUCCGCCACCACGACAGCCACCAGCGGUACAGCGACGCCCGUCUACGCCGGCAAGAACGCUGCCGCGACCAUGUUUCCCGACAAUGACCCAGCCUCUACCACCAGCAUGGCGGCGCCAGUCUGGGGUAGCAAGAAUGCAGCCUCGACGCUCUUCCCGGACGCGCUGCCCACGCCUAUCACACAGGACUGGCAGGAAGCGCUUGGUGCUCAGGCGGCAGAACGGAGCCAGAAUUUCUUCCGCAUCCGCUUCUGGGAUCCCACGCACAAGGACUACGAUCCUGAGCGCUUCUACAACAGUGUGAUUGAGCAGUACUGCUGUCCGUUUCCGCAUUGCGACGCCCGCGCAGACGUCCCCCUGUCCCUCGAAUCCCACAUCAAGACCUUCCACCGCCCCUCCCAGCUCCGCUGCCCCUCCUGCCUCAAACUCUUCAAAUCGAUCACCGCGCUCGUCUCGCACUGCGAGGCCGCGAACUCACGCUGCUCUAUCCAGCGCUCCGAGCGCUUUGGCCAGGCGAUUGACGAGUUCAGCGGUGGGUUCCUCGGGGUCAGGGAGGCGGAGCGCGAGGAUAUCAGCGAGGAGAAGGAUGGGUAUACGGUUGAGUAUACGCGGUUUGAGGGGACGCUGCCGCCGGAUUGGACGGGGGUGGAGAGUGAACGGGGGGUGAAGGUUGGGGGUGGGAGGAUUUGA